AUGGACGAGCCGCUGACCGUGUUCUUUUCGGUGACCACCAGCGACGAUCCGACGCCCAUGCAUUUUCAAUUGAGUGCGAAAGAUGACCCGCUAAAGGUGGGGCGCAACAAAAAAAGUGGGAUUGUUGUGAAUAAACCUGGAGUUUCCUGGGUUCACUUGGAGAUCAAAUUCUCGCCAGAGACCGGUGGUUUGUUGUUGCGUGAUCUCUCCACCAAUGGCGUUGGGCUGCGAUCUGGUCGCAACGACACCAUGACCAAGGAUGCACAGCAUGUCGAAUCGGAUUUUUCUGCAGAUGGUGGACAGGUGGAGAAGGAAGUGGACACAGAGCUCCCUUCGGGUGCAGCAAUCACCUUGCCCUUUCGCAUCCGACCGACGCAGGGGGAGCUGCAAACCACCCUGACCUUCAGCAUCGAUGGUGUCGAUUCGCCCUCCAGCGAGCUGACAGAAUCCGAGGAGGCAGUCGAGGUGGUGCAGGAACGCAAAGGGAAGAGAAAGAAACCUGAAGGGAAGGACAAGGGCAAGUGCUGUUGGACGGAUGCUCUGAAUGUGGCAGCCAGAGUGGAGGAGAAGGGUUUGCAGAAGAGCAUCAUUCAGUACAGCACCGCCAUCACUGCAUGCGCCGCAGCUGAUCUGUGGCAGAACUCAUUGCGCCUCUUCUUGGAGAGGAACUUACAACCAGACACGAUUUCCUGCAACGCAGCCCUCAAUGGGUGCAGCCGCAGCCGGCAGUGGCAGGAGGCUGUUGAGAUGCUGGUGGCCAUGCCUUCGAGACACCUCAGGAGCAACAUCAUCACUGUGAAUACCAUGAUCUUCGGUGUCCAGGGUCGUUUCUGGCCUUCCGCCCAAAAGCUUCUGCACGAUGUUCAAGAAGACAAGCUGCAAACUGAUUUGAUCAGCUACAACACCAGCAUGAAGCUCUUCGACUGGCAGAGAAGCCUCGAUCUCUUAGAACAGAUGCGAUUGCGCCUGGUGCGUUCUGACAGCAGUAGCUACAUUGCCAAUUUGAACGCCGCAGAAACAAAGUCCUGGGCGAUCCUCCUCCAACUGGUGGCCCGACAAGAACUUCACAACGAGCUGACCAUGAAGAAUGCGCUCAUCAGUGCCCUGACAGCCUGGCCGUACGCCCUGCAUUUGCUCCACGGGCAGCCGGAUCUGGUGACGUUCAACGCCAGCAUCGCCGCAGUGGCCGCUGUCGCCUGGGACAAAACGCUGCAACUGCUGCGGGAGUUGAAAGCAACGAUGCAAGGAACUGCCAUCAGCUACACCUCUGCCAUGUGCCAAAAUUGGCAGAGUGCUUGGCAGUUGCUUGAAGAGGCACGACAGAUAUCUCAAGACAAUUCGAUCAUGCGCAAUGCAGCUAUCAGCGCUGCGGAAGAAGGAGGCCAUUGGCAAGAAGCCCUUUCUGCGAUGGCCAGUUGCUGGACCAGGGAUGUGAUUUCUUACAAUGCCAUCAUCAGUGCAUGUGAGAAAGGACAUCGUUGGGCUGGCGCCAUGUGUUUCUUUGAUGGCAUCGUGUUUCAAGAGAUCAGACCCAGCACCAUCAGUUUCAACUCAUCCCUGAGCGCGUGUGAGAAGAGCGGCAUGUGGCAAACAGCAUUCCAGCAACUGACCUCGACGUCCUCACAUUGUGACCUUUCCCUCGGCGUGGUCACGUUCAACGCCACGCUUUCGGCCUGUGAAAAGGGCCGGGAGUGGCACUGGGCGGUGCAACAACUGCAGCAAAUGGAGAUGGCCCUUCUGCAAAAAAAAGCCAUCAGCUCCAGCGCCGUUUUGGCCGCGCUCUGCCGCUGCCUGCAGUGGCCUUCGGCGCUGCGCCGUUGCCGGCGCCUCGAGGGCGGCAUCGAUGCAGCGCUGGGGAGCUGCGAAUUGGCCGAUGCCCCGGGGCAGUGGCCGCAGUGGCCUGUGACGCUGCUUGGGAAUGGAGAAAAAGAAGAAAAAAGAGGAUGA